GGCUCUGCCGCAGCGAGGGGACCGGGGCUGCGUCCUCUCCGUGGUUUUGGUGACCGUGCCUGUCUCCCCUAGGUUGGGCAGCGCCUUUCCGGGAGCUUCGGGAGGAAAGGCCCCAGGUGGCCCCCGACAUGCCCCAUCCAAGAUGGGGUGCACGGCCGCCGGCCCUCGGGAGAAGUUGGGCGGCCCCGGGGGUAGUGGGCGCGUUUGUGCAGCGGUUGUGAGCAAGAUGCGGCGGCACGUGACCCUGGAACGCAAACCCUGAUGCCGCGUGGUCAUUUCUCUGACACUUGGCCCCAAGCAGAUGCAUCACAGGAUGAAUGAGAUGAACCUGAGCCCAGUGGGGAUGGAGCAGCUGACUUCAUCCUCUGUGAGCAAUGCCUUGCCAGUCUCAGGAAGUCACCUGGGCCUGGCUGCCUCACCCACUCACAAUGCCAUCCCUGCCCCAGGCCUGCCAGUGGCAAUUCCAAACCUAGGUCCCUCCCUGAGUUCUCUGCCCUCUGCUUUGUCUCUGAUGCUCCCAAUGGGUAUUGGCGAUCGAGGGGUGAUGUGUGGGUUACCAGAAAGAAACUAUACCUUACCUCCAUCACCUUAUCCUCACCUGGAGAGCAGUUACUUCAGAACCAUUCUACCUGGCAUUUUAUCUUAUUUAGCUGACAGACCUCCUCCUCAGUAUAUCCACCCUAACUCUAUAAACGUUGACGGUAAUACAGCAUUAUCUAUCGCCAAUAACCCUUCAGCACUAGAUCCAUAUCAGUCUAAUGGAAAUGUUGGAUUAGAACCAGGCAUUGUUUCAAUAGACUCUCGCUCUGUGAACACACAUGGUGCCCAAAGUCUUCAUCCCAGUGAUGGCCAUGAGGUGGCAUUGGACACAACAAUCACUAUGGAGAAUGUUUCUAGGGUUACCAGCCCAAUAUCUACAGAUGGAAUGGCAGAAGAGCUUACAAUGGAUGGCGUUGCAGGCGAACAUUCCCAAAUCCCAAAUGACUCCAGAAGUCAUGAACCUCUCUCUGUGGAUUCUGUGAGCAACAACCUUGCAGCAGACACUGUAGGACACGGUGGUGUGAUACCCAUUCAUGGGAAUGGCCUGGAGCUCCCUGUGGUCAUGGAGACAGAUCACAUUGCAAGUCGUGUCAACGGGAUGUCCGAUAAUGCCCUCAGUGACUCCAUCCACACCGUGGCUAUGAGCACCAACUCUGUAAGCGUGGCACUCUCUACCUCACACAACCUCGCCUCCCUAGAAUCUGUUUCCCUCCAUGAAGUUGGCCUCAGCCUAGAACCUGUGGCGGUCUCCUCCAUCACCCAGGAGGUUGCUAUGGGGACAGGUCAUGUAGACGUGUCUUCAGACAGUCUUUCUUUUGUACCACCUUCACUGCAAAUGGAAGACUCCAAUUCAAACAAGGAAAAUAUGGCAACCUUGUUUACAAUUUGGUGUACUCUCUGUGACAGAGCCUAUCCCUCAGACUGCCCCGAUCAUGGACCAGUGACUUUUGUUCCUGACACUCCAAUAGAGAGCAGAGCAAGGCUUUCUCUGCCAAAGCAGCUUGUUCUCCGCCAGUCAAUUGUGGGAGCUGAAGUUGGUGUAUGGACAGGAGAAACCAUUCCUGUGCGGACUUGCUUCGGGCCUUUAAUUGGUCAGCAGAGUCACUCCAUGGAAGUAGCAGAUUGGACAGACAAGGCAGUUAACCAUAUCUGGAAGAUAUACCACAAUGGUGUCCUAGAGUUCUGCAUCAUUACAACUGACGAAAAUGAAUGUAACUGGAUGAUGUUUGUGCGCAAAGCCAGGAACCGGGAAGAGCAGAAUUUGGUGGCUUAUCCCCAUGAUGGAAAAAUCUACUUUUGCACCUCCCAAGAUAUCCCUCCUGAAAACGAACUGCUUUUUUAUUAUAGCCGGGAUUACGCUCAGCAGAUUGGUGUUCCUGAACACCCAGAUGUGCAUCUCUGUAAUUGUGGCAAGGAGUGCAAUUCCUAUACAGAGUUCAAAGCCCAUCUGACCAGCCAUAUUCAUAACCAUCUUCCUAGCCAGGGCCACAGUAGCAGCCAUGGGCCAAGCCACAGCAAAGAAAGGAAAUGGAAGUGCUCAAUGUGCCCCCAAGCUUUUAUCUCUCCUUCCAAACUUCAUGUCCACUUUAUGGGUCACAUGGGCAUGAAGCCCCACAAGUGUGAUUUCUGUAGUAAGGCUUUUAGUGAUCCCAGCAACCUGCGGACCCACCUCAAGAUACAUACAGGUCAGAAGAACUAUAGAUGUACUUUGUGUGACAAGUCUUUCACCCAGAAGGCUCACUUGGAGUCCCACAUGGUUAUCCACACGGGUGAGAAGAAUCUCAAGUGUGAUUACUGUGACAAGCUGUUUAUGCGGAGGCAGGACCUCAAGCAGCACGUGCUCAUCCAUACACAAGAACGCCAGAUCAAGUGUCCCAAGUGCGGUAAGCUAUUCUUGAGGACGAAUCACUUAAAGAAGCAUCUCAAUUCUCACGAAGGAAAACGGGAUUAUGUCUGUGAAAAAUGUACAAAGGCUUAUCUAACCAAAUACCAUCUCACCCGCCACCUGAAAACCUGCAAAGGGCCCACCUCCAGCUCAUCAGCACAGGAAGAGGAAGAGGAGGAUGACUCAGAGGAGGAAGAAUUAGUUGACUCUGUGGGGGCAGAAGACUGUAGGCUUAGCAGUGCUGUGUAGUCAACAGAUAAGCCUCUCUCUGUACAUAAAUAGAAGAAAAAGCAGCAAACUACUUUGGAUGCAAAAGGGAAAAACAUAGAUAACCAGUUCUCCACUACAAUGGUUUUUAUAUAAAAUGGUUUCUGAUUUCCUUUCAGCCAACAUCAAAAUAGACUGAUGAAUGGGAAUGAAUAAAGCACUUAUAGAAGAGUGUUCUGAUGAAAGCAUCCCAGAGCAGUUAAAACAUGCAGUGUAAGCUUCUUACUUCGACUGCAGACAACAAGUGCAGCACCUGCCUUAACCUCGCCUGGCCCACUGAGCUUGGCUUACGGUUCAUGCCAAUCACCAAAACUCACUCUUGGGUGUUUUGGGGUACAUUUUGUUUUCCAGAUCUUCAGUAGGCACCUAGAAGGCAAAUAAAAAAGGAGCUUCCAGGCAGUAGGCAAUGAUGGAGAGAAGAAAAGGAGAGACAGCUGGGCCACUGUCCAGGAAACUAGCUUUGCCGGGAAGCUAAGGUGAAUCACCUGGUUAUUGUUACUGAAAAAUCUUUCUAGGUUUAGACAUGUCUCUCACUGUCUCCAGUAAAUUCCCAGCCACUCAAAUGAAGGAGACUGGAGCUGUAGAGAGCCAAAGUAAUGCAUGCUGGAUUAUCUCCUGAUGACAAAUACGUGUGAACUCACCUGACAAGUGGUACCUCAGCCCGUGGAAGGGAAGGAAGGGAAUGUUCUAAUGUUCAUAUUUGGCUCAGUCUGUGAAAUGUAUCAAGACGCCAUUCACCGUUGAAAUGACACUCACGUUCAAAGCAACAAAUGACUCUAAAUGCAUUGGUGCAUUUGCAAAUUUAUGUCCCCCAGGUAUCCCUGGGGUGGGGGACCUCGCUGGUUAAGCAUGAUGGAUGCCAGACGACCUGGAAGGUAAAGAAGGCUUAAUGGUCACCACGUUGGCCUGUUUUCAGGGUUGCAAUCUAGUUAAUUUAUCCAUUUACCUGGUCUCUGUCUCACGUGCAUACCUGGCUUUCAGCAAGAAGCUGACACAUCCUUACGUUGACAGGGUUGCUAGAAUGUGCUCUCUCGCUCUAAGGCACAACCUUUGGGUUGUAGUAGAGAGGACUUUGCCGGAAGGUUUUGCUGCUAAUGUAUUUAUGGAAUGAAUGUAUUUCAUUCAAAUCUGUAUUCCUUUAGGAAGGAUUAAAAUAAAAACUUUUUUAAAACAUAGAAUUCCUCUUGUAAUCUUGUUUUGUGAAAGAAGGAGCUGAAUGAGUCUUUAGUAGAAAAUCAGGUACAAUUUGAAUUUUUGUAAGGUUAGAAGGGAAAAAGCAUUCCCUAAGUAUUACAGCUUUCAGAUCAUAUUCUAAUGUGUCUGUGCAUCUAACAGAGCUCAGACAAACAUGCCUCCUGUGUUUUCAGCUGUCCUUUCCUGCCCUCUUCCUCCCUGAGCUAGUGCCUUUUCUCUGCUGCCUCCGUGAAGAACUGUGGCACGUCUACAGUUGAGCAGGAGUGAGGCAUUGGGGGUGGUUAGGGUGGCAGCUGAAGCUGAGUCAUGAAGCCUCAGUCAGGACAGCUCUGAGAGACCUGGGACAGCUCCAGGUCAGACUUUUGCCAAAGGCCAGCUCUGCUCCCAGGAACCCACUGCUCUUGGAACCUUCUUCCCUUUACUUCAGCAGCACGUGCUGGAUUAAAUUCCUUCAUCUCCCUGCACUGGUUGAAAUGCAGCCCAAGAUAGUUAAGCCUAAUGUCAAAAAAAAAAAAAAGGAAACUGGGAAAUAGUUUCAGUGAGAAUGUAGCUGUUAUUAUUUACAAGUGUUUCUCAUUUUUUUCAUCUCAGACUACAAUGACAUGUUUUUAAGUCAUUCUCACAAGACGAGUAAAUUAAGAACUGCCCUUUCAACAAGGUUUUAUGCUGAGCCUUCCCUGCCUGUUGCAGGCAACCUUAUCUAUUGCUCUCUUGGUAUCAGUCUGUUGGGUAAAUAACCACAAUGAGAGGCAGGCUAUGAGUGUGGGCUCUGGAGCCCUGAGAAUUUUCUCUAGUCUCAGCUACGUGAUGGUUUUGUAACCUUGAUCAAGUUACACAGCUUCUCUAUGCCUCUAUUUACUUAGCUGUAAAUAGAGGGCACCUAUUAGAGUUCCCACUUCAUAAUGGUCUUUGGUUAUUAAGUGAGUUAAUCCAUGUGCGUGGUUUUUACGCGAUGCUUGACACAUAGUAACAAUACUGUUAGCUAACAUUGUUCAGUUUCAUGUUAGCCCAGGGUAUACCUCUG